UACUGUCUGUCUCUUUCCAGGCAUUGAAUACCUCCAAGAUUCAGAUUUGCUUUAACAUCUCUUCCUUGUGCAUCCCUGACAACAGAGCUUAUUGCCAGCUGAAGAACAGUAACUCACCUCUUCUUGUUACUGCCAUGAGGAAUACGUGCACCCUCUUUCUCUUUGUAGUGAGCUCCUUUCAUUUUAACGGAAGCACUGCAGCAGACGUUGAAGAAAAGCUAAUGAACCACCUACUGAGUCCUGACAGGUACAAUAAAUUAAUCCGACCAGCUGUCAACUCAUCCCAGUUGGUAUCUAUAGAACUGCAUGUUUCCCUGGCACAGCUCAUCAGUGUGAAUGAACGGGAGCAGAUCAUGACUACAAAUGUCUGGCUGAACCAGGAGUGGGCUGAUUAUCGUUUGGCAUGGAAACCCUCUGACUAUGAAGGAAUAAACAGGCUGAGAAUACCUGUAAAACACAUCUGGUUGCCAGACAUCGUGCUUUACAAUAAUGCGGAUGGCACGUACGAGGUUUCACUCUACACAAAUGCACUUGUAAUGAGCAACGGAAGCAUUCGAUGGCUGCCACCAGCUAUUUGCAAGAGUGCCUGCAAGAUUGAAGUGAAGUAUUUCCCAUUUGAUCAACAAAACUGCACAUUAAAGUUCCGGUCUUGGACAUACGAUCAUACAGAAAUUGAUAUGGUGCUUAAAACUUCCAUGGCAAGCAUGGAUGACUUUACACCAAGUGGAGAGUGGGACAUUGUAGCACUCCCAGGGAGAAGAACUGUAAAUCCUUUGGACCCCUAUUAUGUCGAUGUGACAUAUGACUUCAUUAUUAAAAGGAAACCUCUUUUUUAUACCAUCAAUCUUAUCAUCCCCUGUGUGCUAAUUACAUCCUUAGCCAUCCUGGUCUUCUACUUGCCUUCAGACUGUGGUGAAAAAAUGACUUUAUGCAUAUCUGUGUUGCUUGCCUUGACUGUGUUCUUGCUCCUGAUCUCCAAAAUUGUCCCUCCAACAUCUCUAGAUGUUCCACUGAUUGGGAAGUACCUAAUGUUUACAAUGGUUCUGGUGACCUUCUCAAUAGUUACCAGUGUCUGUGUACUCAAUGUCCACCACAGAUCUCCAAGUACUCACACUAUGCCCCCUUGGGUAAAGCUGGUGUUCCUUGAAAGGCUCCCAGCCUAUCUGUUCAUGAAGCGUCCAGAAAAUAACUCCGCACAGCAAAAGCUGUGCAACCGCAAAAAGACAAAAGGAGAGAAGCCAGCAGACUUCUACAAGAACUCUACCUAUUUUCUGAAUACAGCCUAUGCCAAAAAAUACGAUACGAAAAUCACGGAGACUCCCGACAAUGUCAGCAGUCAUCGAGAGUUUAGGUUAAGAACAGGCACCAAAUUUUCUCCUGAAGUCCAAGAAGCAAUUGAUGGAGUCAGUUUUAUAGCAGAGCAUAUGAAAAGUGAUGACAUCGACCAGAGCGUCAUUGAAGAUUGGAAAUACGUUGCCAUGGUAGUGGACAGGCUGUUUCUUUGGAUAUUUGUCCUUGUUUGUGUCUUGGGGACUGUUGGAUUAUUUCUGCAGCCACUUUUUCAAAACCACACUGUUGCCAUGAACCCUUAGUUAUCAUUUAAAAUUGUCAAUACUUACAUAGAUGUUGGGUCUCAUCCUGCUCUCAAUUCCCCUCUGUUAAACCCACAGAGAUGCCAACUGAGUUGCUCUUACAUCAGAUUUAGAGUAGGGAAAUGGAAAGUAGAACUUACUGUGAUAGGAAAAAACCCCAAAAUUAAAAGAAAACUAUAAUUUUUUCCAAUGAAUUCAGUAUUCUGG